GGCGCUGUCAUAAACACAAACAAAAGAUACUCAUAUAAAUAUCGCCCAACUAUCAUUUAUUGUGAUAGCGGCAGGAAACGCUUUCCUGACCUUUGACGAUAGAGGCUGCCAUGACUCCACCCGCGUCCAGGUUUCUGAUCGAGGCGCAAACAGAUGAAUCCGGCUAGUUUUUGACGGAGGUUAGUGUAAAGGCAAUAUGGCAGCUGCGCUGGUUGAAUGUGUCCCCAACUUCUCAGAAGGCAAAAAUCAAGAGGUCAUUGACGCCAUCUCGGCGGCCAUUAGCAGCACACCCGGGUGUACCCUGCUGGAUGUUGACCCCGGCGUCUCCACCAACCGGACCGUCUACACGUUUGUGGGCUCUCCUGAAGCUGUUGUGGAAGGGGCGCUCAAUGCUGCCCGUCAGGCUUUCAACCUCAUUGACAUGACUCGCCACUCAGGUGAACACCCUCGAAUGGGAGCGCUGGACGUCUGUCCUUUCAUUCCUGUCCAGAACGUCAGUAUGGAAGACUGCGUCCGCUGCGCCAACAUCUUUGGACAGAAACUGGCGGACAUGUUGCAUGUGCCAGUGUUUCUUUACGGCGAAGCAGCGCGAAGCGAGGCACGGAGGACUCUUCCGUCUGUGAGAGCUGGCGAGUAUGAAGCUUUAGCAGACAAGCUGAAGCAGAAGGAGUGGGCUCCAGACUUUGGACCCGCCACCUUUGUGGCAUCAUGGGGUGCCACGGUGACAGGCGCACGGAAGUUCCUCAUCGCCUACAAUGUAAACGUGAUUGGGACCAAGGAGCAGGCGCAUCGCAUCGCACUGGACAUAAGAGAGCAGGGCAGAGGAAAAGACCAGCCAGGGUUGCUGAAAAAGGUUCAAGCCAUCGGCUGGUACUUGGAUGAGUCCAAUAUCGCUCAGGUGUCCACCAACAUCCUGGAUUUUGAGCUAACGCCUCUCCACUGUGUUUAUGAGGAGAUCUGCAAGGAUGCAGAGGAUCUAAAGCUGCCCAUCGUGGGCUCCCAGAUUGUCGGUUUGAUUCCUCUCAAAGCUCUUCUGGAUGCUGCAGACUUCUACAUUGCUAGGGAGAAACUCUUCAUCGUUGAGGAAGAGCAUAAAGUGCGACUGGUGAUCAGCAAGCUGGGCCUCGACUCACUGGGUCCGUUCAAAGCAAAGGAGCGGAUAAUUGAGUACAUGGUGACGUCGCAGGACCACGGCCGCCUGGCGUCUCUUAGCCUGCAGCAAUUUGUUCGCAGCGUUGGCGCUCGGACGGCUGCUCCUGGCGGAGGCUCAGUCUCCGCCGCCGUGGCUGCACUGGGAGCGGCGCUCGGCGCCAUGGUGGGCCAAAUGACAUACGGCAAGAGGCAGUUUGAAGCUGUGGACGAUGUGAUGAGGAGACUGAUACCUCCGUUUCAUCACGCUAUGAAUGAGCUGCUGGACAUGGUUGACAGUGACUCAUCUGCCUUCAACAGCUACAUGGCAGCGCUCAAGAUGCCCAAAGAUUCGAAGGAGGAAGUAAAAAGGCGAGAGGUGGCCUUGCAGGAGGGCCUGAAGCAAGCAGUGAGUGUUCCGUUGGCGCUGGCUGAGAAGGUUACCACCCUCUGGCCAUCACUGAAAGAACUUGUCUUAUAUGGGAACAUCAGCUGCAAAUCAGAUAUUCAGGUUGCAGUAAAAGCGCUGGAGACGGCAGUUUUCGGGGCUUACUACAACGUCAUCAUCAACCUUCAAGACAUUACUGAUGACAAUUUCAAGAUGGAGACUCAGUCCAGAGUGUCAGCAUUAUUAGAGGAGGCAAAAAAUUUUGCCUUCACCAUCCUUGAAGCUGCCGACAAGCGAGCAUGAGUCUGGUAGCCUAGUUCUUCUGACAAAUUGUGUAAAGCAAAUCCAAUGAAACCUUGUCACUGCAGAUGAUGGCUGAAAUGUUUGACCACAAGUCAUUAAAAAGUGUUUACCUUGGG